AAUGACGUCGCGACGGGACGUCGUCUUUUUGGAGCGCGAUCGUACACUCGGUGCGUCAUAGUGCCGCCACGUCUCGAGUGAAGUUAGUUGUGCUUUCUUGCACUUUCUGUACUCGGCGGCCGCUGCGUUCGGCAGCCGCUCCACAGGAAGCAGACAUAACGUGAACGGAUUGGAUCUCAUCCUCGAAAAGAGUUUGACGGCUUGAUUGGAAAAAUGGCAGGAGCUAAUGCUUUAAUUUCGAGAAGUUUGCGUCAAUUAACGUUUGGAAAAUAUUUGGAAGGUCCCGCACGUUUGUUUUCGUCCAAAGACACGGACAAAGUCGACGAGAGUCCGAGAUUGCGUGAAUUUCGGAAAAAAUUGCGCGAACGCGCUCCUAUAGAGAAACUGGAGGAGUUGGAAGAGGGCAAGCAUCCUUAUCAGGAGAAAGAGCCUUUAAAGCCAUUCCCGGACAACACAAAUCCAGCAACGGGCGAAAUCGGAGGACCACGCGGUCCAGAACCGACUCGUUAUGGCGAUUGGGAAAGAAAAGGUCGUGUCACGGACUUCUGAAAUAAUAUUAGCUGUAGGGAAAGAAAUAUACAGUCAGUUUAUAAUGUUAGAAUAAUUGCACCGUAUCUAAGUAAUACACUGAGGAAGACACUUGGAAAUUUAUUUGUAUGAUACAAAAUUUAUUUCCGUGAUAUAAAAUAUAUUUCUGAGAAAUAAAAUUUGUUUCUGUGAAAUAAAUUUUUGUUCUACAAAUAAAUUUUUAAGUAUUUUUUUCUCAGUGUACUCUGUCAAUAAAUGUCAACUCAACUGAUAUAUGUAUGUUCUGAAUAAAAUACUUUGUUAUAUUA